AUGGAAAAAGAAAUAAACAAUUUUUAUGAAAUUAUUCAAAAGGAAAUAAUAAAUUAUUUCCUUGUACCAAAGGGAAAAAAUGAAUAUUUAAGUUACGAAAGAAUAAAUAUAUUGAUUCAAGAUUUAGUAGCUUCAUUAAAUUCUAAUGGUUAUUUUAUUUAUGCAAAAUCAAUUAACGACGAAAAAAGAGUAAUAAAUUACAAUACAGUUUUAUCUUCCCCUCCUAAGCUGUUUUCUUUCAUAUUAUUGCCCCAAAAAUUAAAUAUAGAUUUAUUAAAUUUAUGCAAAAAAUGUACAUUACUUUUUUCCGAAAUUUUUGAUAAUAUAGUUUGUGAUCUACCUUUUUUAUUAAACGCAUUAGAAAAUAUAAAAGGAAAUGAUGAAUUUUCUAAAAAAAUAAUAGACAUAUGUGAAAAAGUAUAUCUAAGUAAAGAAAACGGAAGAAAUAUAAAUAACGAUAUUCGAUGUAUAAUUGGUAGAUCAGAUUAUAUGAAACAUGAUGGAAAUUUAGGAAAUGAUAGUGAAAUAAAACAAAUAGAAUAUAACACAAUAUCAGUAGCUUUUGGUAAUUUGUCAAGUAUUAUUUUUGAAGCGCAUAAAAAUAUGAUAAAAGAAAUAUAUAAAGAAUAUUUUCCUUACAUGACCGAGCAAAAUAAAGAAGAAAUAUUUGAAAUUUUAGACAAAAAAUUUGAUAACAAUUUUCUUCAAGGUAUUUCUACCUGUAUAGAGAAAUCUCAUAAUAUAUAUAUUGAAAAUACUAAUAAAUUAAAAAAUAAUAAAAUAGUAACUAUUUGUAUAUUACAUGAUGAUGAUAUAAACAGUUUUGAUAAAUAUCAAACGAAAUGUGAGCUAAACAAAUUAGGAAUUAGUCAAAGAUAUUUUACAGUAAAACAAUUGCAAAACUUAUUUGAAAAAAAAAAAAUAUUCUUAAAUUACACAAAUGAAACAUUGAACGAAUCUAUAGAUCGACUUAUAAAUAAUAUUAAUGGAUGUAAUGAAAAAAACAUAAGACCUGGAAAAUUAAUGAUAAAUUUAAACGAUGAUGAUAUAAAUGGUAAUAUAUUUGAACAAUAUAAAAAAAAUAUUUUCGAAGUUAGUGUAAUUUAUUUUCGAGCCUUAUAUUCACCUUUACAUUAUAAUGAAAUUGUAUGGAAAUUAAGAGAAAUGUUAGAAUUUAGUGAUGCUGUUAAAAUUCCUUCUUUGCCUUAUCAGUUAGUUGGGUUAAAAAAGAUUCAAAUGUUAUUAUUAGAUGAUGAAAUAUUAAGAAAAUAUAUUUCUAUUGAUUUAAAUAAAAAUAAAAAAUCAGAAGAACAAAUAUUGAAUGAUAUGAGCACGUUAAAAAAAACGUUUGCUUUACAAAUCGAUCCAUCAUUAAAUAAACAUUCUGAUAUUAUUUCUUAUGCAAUUAAAAAUGAGAAUAAAUUUAUACUAAAACCCCAAAGAGAAGGUGGACAAAAUAAUUUGCAUGGUAAUGAUGUUAAGGAAAAGUUAAUGCUUUAUUAUAAACCAGAAGAAAAAAAUAAAUUAUCUUUUUAUGUUUUAAUGGAAAAAUUAUUUCCAUCCCCAUUUCCAACUAUUCAUUGUAGAAUAAAAGAGAUAAAUAAAAAUUAUGAACAAAAAAUGAACCCUUUAUCUGAAGAAAAUCAAUUACAAAAAAAAAAUUCGAAUUAUUGUGAUGAGGAAAAUACACAAUUUAUCGAAUUUUCACUUGAACAGUCAAUUUCUGAAUUUGGAUUUUUUCACAAUAUUAUUUUUUUUAAGGAUAAGAAUAUACUAAAUGAACAAAAAGGAUAUUUAGUUAGAACUAAAAAUGUAAACGAAAAUGAAGGGGGGGCUAUAUGUGGUAUAUCAUCUCUGGAUUCUGUUUUCUUGGUAUAA